AUGGAUAACAAAUGUAUAAUCGGUUUUGGAAUCUUAACGGUGGGUUAUUUAGGAUUAACCACCAUGUUUUUAGGUUAUAAGGCUAAAUUUGAAAAGGAUAAAAUAACUCUUCAAAAAAACGACCAUGAACACGAAAAUAAACACAAAACCAAUGAACAAAGAAUUAAAAGUUUAGAAGACAAAUUAACUAAAAAAGACCAAAAAUAUAAGGAACUUAAAGGAGAUAUUAGGUUAAUUAAAGCAUUGAUGACUUUAGACAAAGAAAGAGUUUUGGAAGAACCCGCCAAAGAAAGUGUCGAAAAUAAUACUCAAUAUGUGGAAGAGCAAGCCGUAAAUUACAUUCAAAAUGUAGUUCUCCCAGAUUUAACUCAAAAAGAAGCCGAAAAAGGAGAAGUGGUUGCCGAAGGAGUUUGA